AUGGCUCCCACAGAGUCCAAGAAGCGCCUCGCGCUCGCCAUCAUUGACUUCCUCGGUGCCAGCUUGAAGGAUGGCACCCUUACCGCCGACGAUGCCGAAUCCAUCGAGAUCGCCCAGUCCUGUAUCGCCGACACCUUCAAGGUUGACCCCUCCAACGAGGCUGCUGUGAAGGAUGCCGUGGGUGGACAGUCUCUGGCCAGCAUCUACAGUGUCUACGAGAAGCUUCGCAACAAGCCCACCGGCGACUCUGCCAAGGCUGGCGAAAGCCAGAAGCCUGCGGCUGGCGCUCCCACCCCCGAGUCCGAUAAGCUGAAGUCCGAGGGUAACGGUGCCAUGGCCCGCAAGGACUACAGCACCGCUAUUGACCUCUACACCCAAGCCCUGGCUAUUGCUCCCUCGAACCCCAUCUACCUCUCCAACCGGGCUGCUGCCUAUUCCGCGGCCGGACAGCACGAGAAGGCGGCCGAGGAUGCCGAGCUCGCCACUGCUGUUGACCCCAAGUACUCCAAGGCCUGGAGCCGUCUGGGACUGGCUCGUUUCGACUUGGCUGAUUACCACGGUGCCAAGGAGGCCUAUGAGAAGGGUAUCGAGGCUGAGGGCAACGGCGGCAGCGAGGCCAUGAAGCGGGGUCUGGAGACUACUAAGCGCAAGAUCGAGGAGGCCAAGCGUAGCACCGAGCCUCCCGCUGAUGCUGUUGACGAUGCUGCUGGUGCUUCCCGUGGUGGUGGCGGUAUGCCUGAUCUGUCUUCCCUUGCUAGCAUGCUGGGAGGUGGAGGUGGCGGCGGCGGUAUGCCCGACCUCAGCUCUAUCAUGAGCAACCCCAUGUUCGCCAGCAUGGCCCAGAACCUGAUGAGCAACCCCGAUAUGCUCAACAACCUCAUGAGCAACCCCCAGCUGAGACAGAUGGCUGAAAACUAUGGCCGUGGCGGUGGUAUGCCCGACAUGUCCUCUUUGAUGAGCGAUCCCAACAUUGCCGAUAUGGCUCGUAACAUGAUGGGCGGCGGUGCCGGACGUGGAAACCAGUAA